AUGUACACUGGCAACAAUAGCACCACUGAUGUACCGCCACCACGGCCGCCCAUUGACUACACUCGACACACUCACCAACACAAUCAGGCACCGACUUUGUCACCAAGUUCUUACUACUCGAUUCACUGUGGGCCCAGUCCAAGUCAGCACAUGUCACCAGCCCUAUCAGAAGCAAGGAGGCCAGGCGACGUCAUCCGUAAAUCAACUGCAAAUCGCAUCACGUCUUACCAUGAUCGCAAAUCGACCUCUAAGCAAGUUACAACCAAGCUGAAAAACCUCUUUGUCAAUAACCGAGAACGUGAGGAACUUAUGACCGCUUGCUCGAAAGGCGACGUUGAUAGAGUGAGCCAUCUGCUUGCACACACCAAACCUAAUGUCAAUCCAGAUAUGGUGCGCGAUUCCAAACUUCGCACGCCUUUGCUUGUCGCCUGUGCAGCAGGCAAAGCAGAUGUGGUUCGGGUGCUAAUACGAUGGGGCGCAGAUGUCAACAAUCCAGUGGGAGACGUUAUCGGCAAUAAGCCGCUUGAUUUGGCCGUCAUUUCUAACAGUUUUGAUACGGUGCUGGCAUUGUUGGAAGCAGGGGCCCAUGUGACACAGCCUCCUGUCGCACCACCUGCCACUAGUAUGAGUGAACGAGACAGUCGCUUGCCAGCACCUGCACACCGUCGCGUUGGUGCCCGAUCACCACUUAGCUUGGCCCAGUCGCGACUGGACUUGCUCAUUGCACAGCGCCAAAAUACCGAUGGUGUCAAUGUGACCAAGCAACGCGAAGUGUGCAUGGAUCAAAUCGUACAGCGCCAAAAGAACAACAGGGAUCGAGUCGUGUGA